CAAAACACUAAAAUUAGGUCUUUGAAAAAAUUGAAACGCAGUUUUUUUUAACUCGGUCAAUAGCAGAAUUCUUAUCAUGUUUAUAUUUAGUUUAUACAAAUCAUUUCUCAGUUUAAUUAACUAUGUUUUGUUUGUGAAUAUUAUUUGAAGGUUCAUUUACUUAACUGUAGAACUAUUUUAUUACUGAUUCCGAUUUAUAAUUAAUAUUUUUAACGCUGACUCAGUGUAAUUUAAUGUUAAGUAACAGUUUGCCUCCUCCCAACUAAAAGGUGUACAGUUAUGCUGCAGUCGUGUUUUAAAAUGACAUCGAGCAACAAUGCAAGGCGACUAGUUUAUGUGUUAGCCAAUAGGGCUUACUCCAGGAAAUCACGACGUAACAAGGAAAUUAGGGGAGAAGAACUUUUAGAGCACGAAGAUGAACUUGUCAUGAAGAUUGAAGAUUCUGAAUUCCGAACAAAUCCUAAUUGGCAGUUGUUACCAAGACAUAAAGAUAGUCAGUUCAAAUUACCAAAUAAUUUUGGUAUUGCUCCUGAGGACUGUAUUAUAACCACUCGGCUAAAUUACUAUACGCAAGACUGUCCAGUUUUAUUAAAAUCAGAAAUAACAGAACGGUUUAAUGUACCUCAUCUGAAAAAUUACAAUCUAUGCAUGAUAACUAUUAAUUUAAAGCAAACAUCAAAUACAGAUGUGUCAAAUUUAACAAGACAGUAUCUACAUGCUGCUUUUGGUAUCAGUGAUCGUCUUCAAAAUUCAGGAUAUUGGGCUGACUUCAUACAUCCAUAUACUGGACUUCCAGCCUUAAAUCCAGGACUGAAUAUUGAUUUUUCCACACUAGAAUUACCGUACAAACAUACUGUUUAUCAAGUUAAUACUCGUAGAAAAUGUAAAGUCAUUGUAGAAAAGCCAUCUAUUAAUACUAUUGGUAAUAUAUUUACGAAUGCUUUACCUUCAAAAACUGAUCUUGUUGAGAAUAUUUUGGAUGAAGUUAGUGAUUUACAUCAAAAUACUUAUGAUUGAAAUUUAUUUUUUCUUUAAUUGUUAAAAGAUUAAUAUAAUGUAUUUUAUUUGUAAUCAAAUUUUCAAUUAUUAGAUGUGAUACUUGUUAUGAAGAUAUAAUGUAAUAUAUAUGACAAAUAAUUUUGUGUAUAUAUAUAUAUAUAUAUUAUCUUUAAAAUUGAUAAAUGAAUUCUGUUUAUUAUUUAAUGUUGAAAUUGUAUUUGUUUUGAUAACUGUUAUUUUCAUCUACAUUGUUUGGUAUUGUUCAUUAAGCCUUGUAUACAUAAUAGCAGUUGUAAACAUUUGAUUAAUUAUAAAUAACUAAUGUUUUAUUAAUGGCUACAUUUAGUUUAUGUUUAGGUAGUAUCAACAGUGAAGUAUGAUUUGGUUUAAGGGAGGAGGCAUAAAUAUAAAUUAAAACUAUAAAUUAUGAA